AUGAUUCGAAUCGCUCUCCUACUUGCCGUGCUCGCUGUGACUGCCCUGGGACACCCGCAUGAUGCAGAGCGAAGAGCACCUGUUUCUGUGUCCAAUUCUGGGAGCUCCUUGACCUAUGUGUUCCAGAACAACCUGAAUGCCUCGGACGAUGUCAAUCAUGUCGGCGCUAUUCUUCUCGACCCCAUGCCAGCAUCUGCUGGGCAAGCGGCGUGCCAAGCUUUGAGCGAGACUCUCCUGACCCAGGCAACCAUUCAGAACUACAGCAGCGACUUCUCUUCCGCGUUGUCGUACUUGGCAUUCUCCGGAAGAGUGUCGCCCAACCAGCAGUACCACAUCGCAGGCGGGAACCUAGAGGUCUCCGCUCAAGCGCAACUGUCUUUCCCAAGUACACCCCAAGGCAACAGUGCGCUGCCAGUUCUCUGCACGCAAUCAAGUAACGCCAGCCAGCCUCCGAAUUCGACCGCGCGCGACUCAAACAAGGUGACCGUGGCGGCGGCGGGCAACACGUAUGUCGGCUAUCGCAACCAGAAGUCAUUCCGUUUUCUUGGCAUCAGAUAUGCUGACCCCCCGCUACGCUGGGUCUACUCGCACCUAUACAGUAAAAAGGGCCAAACAGUGAACGCGACCGCGUAUGGCUCUCAAUGUUCUCAGCCAUACCAGAACGGUACGAGUGAGGACUGCUUGUUCCUCAAUAUCCAGACCCCAUACAUUCCCAAGGCUGGCUCGACGAAAGCAUUAAGACCUGUCUUAUUCUGGAUCCAUGGUGGUGGUUUUACUGGUGGCAGCGGCGCCGAUCCACUCAGCGAUGGCGGUAACCUGGCUUCGCGGGAAGACAUUGUCGUGGUAAAUAUCAACUACCGACUAUCGACCUUGGGCUUUCUUGCUAUCCCUGGCACAAACAUCAAAGGUAACUAUGGUAUCGGAGACCAGAUCGUGGCUUUGAACUGGACGGUCCAAAAUAUUGCCAAGUUCGGUGGAGACCCGAAGAAGAUUACAAUCAUGGGUGAGUCCGCCGGGGCUGGCUCGGUUCGAACUCUUCUCGGAAGCCCGCCCGCCACCGGCUUGUUCCAAGGCGCCAUUGCCAUGUCCAACUUGGGCGGCGGAGAGACUUUGGGCCUUGAGAGUAAUUAUGGAACCACGUACUCGUCAUAUUAUACCUUGAACGAGUCAUAUACUGUGGCGGGACCUCAGAUUUUCAACGCAUCGAACUGUACCCAGUCAACUCUAAGCGGGAAGAUUGCUUGCUUGAAGACUGUCAAUGCCACUGCCCUGGUCAACCUGCAGACGGUUGCAAGGUACGUGGUCCAGGAUGGAACAAUUGUCAACUCAUCCCAGCUCGAAGUCACAAAGAAGAAUGCUGGCAGCGCGUAUGUGCCCAUCAUAUUCGGCAUUGCCGCAAACGACGGCGCAUCCUUCUCGACGUUGUCUCCGACACCAGUGCAGAACGAGACCGAGGGCUUGGUGACAGGCUUAGGUAUCAACGCGUCUUAUGCACAAGCAAUUAUCCAGUCUGGCUUGUUUCCCUAUUACAAUUCCGGGAACAAGACCCUUGAUGCCUUCAAUGUAUCGCAGCGUGUUGCGACUGAUACCACCUUCCGCUGCAUCGAUCAAGCAACAGUCUACGCCGGUGCCGAAACAGGUACAUUCCCUGCUACGUACUAUUAUCAGAUGGACCGCACGAUCAAUGGCUAUAACCCAGAGGAUGUUGCCGGAGCCCCUGUCACGCCUGGCUAUCCGAACGGAAAUCCGAACCUCCCUUACUUCAAACUACAUGGGGCCGACAUGGACUGGGCGUUCGGCAACUUCUAUGUUCCUCUCAGAGAUGCCAACGACUUGUACUCUGUGCAGCUCGUCAGUGGCUACUUUGCCGAAUUCGUCAAGACCGGGCAGCCGAAUAUCCCGAUCAAUUACCUCCAAGCCAGAGGCUAUAUGAAGACUCUACAGGGUGUCCAGGCUUCUGGUCCUUGGCCUAAAGUGUCGAACUCUACUGGUCCCAUCAAGCAUUUGGACUAUCCAGCUUCGACUGGGACCUUUGUUGACCUCCCUCAAUGUGCGUGGUUGAACUAUAGCAUCAGCUAUUAUCUCGAUCAGUGA